UUUAUAAGAUGCUCGCGGCUUGCCCACUGAUUUUAUGGAUUCUCGCCGCCGUAGCUUCCACCGAUGGUGCAAAUAUCCUGGGGUUAUACAGUGACCUCAGUCCGUCGCAUCUGAUUAUUUACAUGUCGACGGCAAAUGCUCUCGCCGAAGCAGGACACAAUGUGACUGUGGUGUCGAUACUUGAACCCAAGGUUGUGUACAAGGAUAUCCAUCUGAUAGUGGUGCCUUUGACAAAGGAACAAGAACUCACUUUAGAUAACCAAAUGUCCAGUAUGGCAAAAAGCAAGCAUGACGUCAUAAGCAUCAUGUCUCUCCUUCUAAAUGAUCAGAGUGUAAUGGUUAAUUCCCAGGCUGAUCUUCUCUCUGACUCGAGGUUCCUGCGCAUUUACGAGACUAAAUUUGAUUUGAUGAUAUUGGGCUCUUUCUUCAACGACUUCCAACUGGGAGUAGCAGCCAAGCUGAAGGUUCCUGUUAUCAUUGACUGGACGACACCGUCCAACAUCAGGGUUGAUGAGUUUGUCGGUAAUCCCUCGGAGAUCUCAUAUGUGCCCAAUGAAUCUACUUAUGCAGCGGUACCGAUGAACUUUAUUAAACGAGCUGAGAACAUGGUCAAACAAAUAAUUCUCCAGUACUUGACGUUGCUAUUUGAUUACAAGUUUACACGAAUUUAUAAUAAAAUCUUUACGGAAAAAGAUAUACCGACUCUUAGUGAAAUGAGAAAGAAUAUCUCAGUGGCAUUUGUAGGUUCUCAUUUAAUCACCGACGGCAGUAUUCGACCUCUGGUUCCCGCUAUCAUUGAAGUCGGUGGCAUUCACGUCAAGGAGAAUCCCGAUCCGUUGCCCGAGGAUAUUGGCCAGUUUUUGGAUAAGUCUACGCAGGGAGCAAUAUUUCUCUCAUUGGGCUCGAACGUUAAAAGCCAUAUGGUGAAGCCAGAAAUCGUCAAAACAAUGUUUAAAGUCUUAUCAGGCCUAAGAGAAAAUAUUGUCUGGAAAUGGGAGGAUUUGAAAAACACACCAGGCAAUGCCUCAAAUAUUCUGUACAAGGACUGGCUGCCCCAGGAUGAUAUCCUGGCUCAUUCAAACACCAAACUGUUUAUCACACAUGCCGGAAAGAACAGCAUGACCGAAUCUCAGUACCACGGAGUUCCAAUGGUGGCCAUGCCCAUGUUUUAUGAUCAACCUGUAAAUGCUGAUGUGAUGGUGAAAUCAGGAAGUGGCGUCGCCAUUGAUUUCUUUACUCUUACAGAACGCAGUUUCAGAGAAGCCAUUAAAGAAGUCUUGGAAAACGCUAAGUACAGGCAAGCAGCUGAAAAACUCUCCGCCCUGUACAGGGAUCGACCCCUUACUCCAAAACAGUCAGUUAUUUACUGGACGGACUACGUCUUGAGACAUCAUGGUGCUCCACAUAUGCAAAGUCCUGCGGUGCAUAUGAGCAUUAUUGAGUUACACAAUCUGGAUAUCUACGCUCUAUUUCUUUCGGCCAUGGUCUUGUUAGUUCUUCUUACCCGACUGAUUGGAAAACUCGUGCUAAGCAAGGUGUUUGGCAAAGCCAAAAUCUUAAUGUCAAAAAAGGAACAGUAA